AUGUCAUCGUACCGUGAGGAGAUGAAUUUCUACGUUUUGCCGGAGUUAACGGCAACCUUGCCUGCACGAAGAAUCAACGUGAACCACUGGACGCUCCCGACUAACAUCAGCUUUGCGGAUCCCCAGUUCCACGAAACUGGUCGCAUUGAUCUGAUAAUCGGAGCAGAACACUACCUCAAUCUGCUCUCUGACGGUCGUGAGAAGGUUGGAGAUGAAGGCCCUACACUGCAAAAUACAGUCUUUGGAUGGGUGGUUUCCGGUCGAGCAGCCGAUCAACCAGGCACGAUGCAUCGCACAUUAUCGUAUUCGUGCACACUUGCAAACCUGCAAGAACAGUUGACGAAGUUCUGGGAGAUAGAAACCUGUCGUUCCAGUAGUAGUCAAUCGGUAGAGGAGACGGCGUGUGAAGCAUUCUUCGAUCAAACAACCACUCGUGAUGAUGCAGGCAGAUUUAUCGUCGCACUUCCAAAGCGUGAAUUCAUCAUCAAUCAGCUCGGCGAGUCCAGAAACAUAGCGACAAGGAGAUUUUUGGGCUUGGAGAGGCGAUUCCAGUUGAAUCCCGAGUUGAAGGCAGCGUACGCAGAUUUCAUCCACAAAUACGAGCGACUUGGUCACAUGGUGCAAGUUCCGGACGUCGAAGAGCAGUUUCCCGUGUACUAUCUUCCCCACCAUGCAGUUUUCAAACUGGAUAGUACAACAACGAAGCUACGUGUCGUUUUCGACGCGUCCUGUAAGUCCAGCAGCGGUGUAUCGCUCAACGAUGCGCUAAUGGUUGGACCUGUAGUUCAGGAGGAUUUGAUCGCCAUCACACUCCGAUUCCGUUUGUUCCGCAUUGCCAUUGUAGCGGAUGUGGAAAAAAUGUUUCGGAUGAUACUCAUCUAUCUACUCGACCGAUGCCUACAACGGAUCGUCUACCGAGAUUCCCCUGACGGACCGAUCCGAACGUACGAGUUAGCUACUGUCACUUACGGGACUGCAUCUGCACCAUACUUGGCGACAAAGUGCUUACAGCGACUGGCAAAAGAAGGAGCUCUCACUUAUCCUCGCGCAGCUAAGGUGUUGAAGGAAGAUUUUUACGUCGAUGACAUGCUGACUGGAGCGGACAACGUCGACGAAGCGAAGCAGCUGGCAAAGGAAAUGAUCACGCUAACUUCAUCAGGUGGAUUCAACCUGCGAAAGUGGAACUCCAACUGCAAGGAAUUGUUAGCCGAAUUGCCAUCCGAUCUCCUCGAUGAUCGUGCCACUUUAGAGCUUGAUUCCUCAACUUCACCAGUGAAAACUUUGGGGUUACUGUGGGAGCCGCAUUCAGACAAUUUCCGAUACCAUUCUCCUAAGUGGGAAAACGAAGCAGUGCUCACGAAACGCGUCGUUCUCGCAGAAGCAGCUCGCCUGUUUGACCCGUUAGGAUUGAUGGGUCCAGUUGUCGUCAUUGCCAAGAUAUUUCUCCAAGCAUUGUGGAAGCAGCAGUGCGGUUGGGAUGAUCCACUGCCCGAAGCGAUGCAGAACUUUUGGCAGGAGUAUAAGAUGAAUUUGACAGCCCUCUCGUCGUUUUCAAUUUCUCGAAUUUUAGAUUUUUUUCUCAGAACACCUUGGAACUGA